GCUCAAUUUACCUGUCACAUGUCAUUUUUCUAAUUUUGCGAUGACAUAGAAUUAUUUUUAUGUCAAAAUCUAUUUUGUAUACAUUGCGUUUUCCGUUUGACUGGAUCGUUUGUGGGUUUGCAUUUCUGAGAAAAACGAUUAAUCUUCAGGUUCAUAAAUCAUUUUCCCAGCGCACAAUGAAAAGGGCGGUGGCACUGACAAAAAAAGAGGGAAAACGAUUGUGUUUAUUUCCCAGAAACCAGUAAAUGUCACUGUCCGCUCCGAAGGCGACGGUGUCUAGAUUUGUAGAUAGAUAUAUCGAUAAAACUCCAGAGUUUUCGUCUUUCGGGGGUUUAAUUUCAUUAGUUGGUGCUCGAUCAUUUUGUCGGAGGUGCUGAAAUGCAGCCAGCAUCCUUUGAGCGAGAGGCUCACCCUCCCUCUUUUGCCCACAGACAGCAUCGCCACAUCGCAGAGAAAGAGAGAGAGGGAGCGAGAGAGAGAGAGGGAGAGGGAGAAAAUAGGCAUAGGAAAGGAGUCGGUCUUGCUCGGGAAUGGAUUAAUAUAAAAACAUUACCCACGUAGACAAAGGAAAACAUGGAUGCGCAAGAAAAAAAAUCCUUCAUAGAUGCACCAGAGAGGACGCGAUGUUUAUCCUGCACAUAGUCGGAGUUAUGCACGGACUAUUCCUUCGUUUUUAAUGAGGCGGGUGGGGACCCACAGCAAGCUGAAAAGGCGGAAAGAUUUCUCCAACCCGUCUGCAAAUUCUGCCUGCGAUGGCUAUGACUGCGCGAUGCUGUUACAGCGUAAAAGUGAAUGUGCCUUUUUCUUUGUAUUUGGUUAUAUUCGUACUCAGUGGCCUUACAGACGCACAAAUUCGAUACUCCAUUCCAGAGGAGCUGGAGAACGGGGCACAGGUCGGUGACAUUGUCCGAGAUUUGGGUCUGGAUCUGAGGAAACUUUCCACCCGACGCAUUAGAAUCACAUCGGACAGUGGACGGAGAUAUUUCACGAUAAAUCACAAAACUGGAAAGCUGGUGGUGAGUGACCGCAUUGACCGAGAGACAGUUUGUGAAUUCAGCGGCACCUGUUCACGCAGCUUGGAGGUGGUAUUAGAGAAUCCGCUGGAGCAACACAGCGUGGAGGUGGAGAUUUUGGACGUGAACGAUAACGCACCGCAGUUCCCUCGAGAUGAGUAUCAGCUUGAGGUGUCAGAGUCAGCUCUCACUGGGUCGCGGUUCCACAUCGAAGGAGCUCAAGACGCAGAUGAUGGCUCCAACUCCGUGAAGCAAUACCGACUUAGUCCAAAUGACCAUCUCACUCUGGACUCCAUUAAACCCUUCUCCAAUAAUAAGCACAUCGAGCUCAUUCUCAAAAAGCCCUUUGAUCGGGAGCAGAUGCCCUCUCAUCAGCUAAUCCUGACAGCCAUAGAUGGAGGCACCCCACAGCGAACUGGCACGGCCAAAAUCAAUGUCCGUAUCCUUGAUGCAAAUGACAAUGUGCCUGCAUUUGACAGCUCUGUGUACAAAGUAAAACUGUCUGAAAACUCUCCAAAAGGCGCACUUGUGAUCAAGUUGAACGCAACAGACCCUGAUGAGGGCUCAAACGGGGACGUUUUUUAUUCUUUCAGUAGUUACACCCCUGAAAGAGUCAGGGAGAUGUUUACCAUGGACACAGAUACAGGGGAAAUUAGGGUGAAAAACAAUAUAGACUUUGAGGAAACAAACUCAUAUGAAAUGUACAUACAGGCAAUGGACAAGGGGCCAGCCCCAGGGGCAGUACACUGUAAAGUAGUUGUAGAAGUUUUGGAUGUCAAUGACAACAUUCCUGAUAUUGUACUGUCUUCACUCUCCAGCCCUGUACGCGAAGAUGCUCGGGCUGACACAGUGGUAGCACUGAUUAGUGUUAAUGACCGGGACUAUGGACCAAACAAACAGGUAACCUUGGAGAUCAUGCCCAACUUGCCUUUUAAGAUCAAGUCCUUCCGAAACCACUACACCAUUGUCACAUCUGCUUUCUUGGAUCGGGAAACCAUCUCAUCCUACAAUGUCACAGUCAAUGCUGUGGAUGGAGGCACCCCACCCCUGUCUUCUCAAAUGACCUUUAAAGUGGAUGUUGCAGACGUCAAUGAUAACCCACCUCGUUUUGAACAGACAUCAUAUACUGUUUAUAUUCCGGAGAACAAUGCUCCUGGUGCAUCUCUGUGCGUUGUCAAGGCCACAGAUGCUGAUGCUGGAGAAAAUGCACGCAUCACCUAUACUGUCCUCAAUGACAACAACCAUGGUAUACCUGUAGCCAGCUAUGUCAGCAUCAAACCCAACACUGGCGAGGCCUAUGCCCUGCGAGCUUUUGACUUUGAGAAGUUGAGAGAGUUUCACUUCCAGAUUAAAGCCCAAGAUAAUGGUGUGCCUCCCCUCAGCCGUGUGGCCACAGUUUAUGUUUACAUAAUGGAUCAGAAUGAUCACGUGCCCAAGAUAGUAUACCCGCCCGCCAAUGGAAGUCGCACCACAGAGAUACUAAUGAAAAACGCUGAAGCAGGUGUGUUGGUUAGCAAGGUUCUGGCGUGGGAUGGUGACGCGGGGCAGAAUGCUUGGCUGCUUUAUGCCCUAGAGCAGACCAACACAGACCUUGAUCUGUUCAAGGUGCAUGAGCACACAGGUGAGAUUCGCACCACAAGGCGUGUCAUUGAAGACAAUUCCACCUCCUUCGUUCUGACUGUUCUGGUGCACGAUAAUGGCUUACCACCACUCACCUCUACCGCCACUAUCCAUGUGCAUGUGAUGGAGCUGCCUCCAAAGCUGACCCCUGACCCCAAGCGCAUCAUCAGGCCCAACAGCCCCCUAAUGUUUUCCAAUGUCACUAUCUACCUCAUCAUCGCCCUGAGUGCCACAACCUUUGUAUUCCUGGUCACUGUCUUUGUGUUGGCCAUUGUACGUUGCCAUGCCUACUGUACCCAACCUGGUUCCUGCUCCCCUUGUUGCGUAUCAAAAAAGAGCAUGCCAGAGGGGGGCACUUCAGCUGGUGGCGCGGCUGGCGGUGGAGGAAGAGCUGCAGGUGGAGGAGGUGGAGGAGGUGGAGGAGGCGGAGGGCAGUCAAACAACCCUGUGGCCCUGCGUCGUGACCUCAAAGUGGAGCCGCACUAUAUUGAAGUGCGGGGAAAUGGGUCUCUGACAAAAACAUACUGUUACAAGACAUGCCUGACUGCCACAUCAGGAAGUGACACUUUUAUGUUCUACAACACGGGACGGCCACACAGUGGCACCUGGGGCUCAGGCUACGUCACCAGCCACAGUGGACAGAGCCAGAUAUUUGUACGGCGUCUCAGUAUGCCAGAUGCAACUGCUAUUCAGCCCAAGGCGCCAAAUGCCGACUGGAGAUAUUCAGCCUCCCUGAGAGCAGGAGGUGUAAUGCAGAGCUCCGUGCACAUGGAAGAGUCUGCAGUAAUGCAAGGAGCCCAGGGUGUCCUGGUUCAGAACUGGCCCACUGCGUCCAGUGCUGCUGAUGCUGAAGGAGGAGAGGUUUCACCCCCAAUGGGUGCUGGAGUAGACAGCAACAGCUGGCACUUUCGCUAUGGCCCCGGUGGCCCUGGUGCCCCCCCACAGCACCUGAAGCCUGGCGAGGUACCCCCUGAAGCCUUCAUCAUCCCUGGCUCUCCUGCCAUAAUAUCCAUCAGACAGAACCAGGGAGGAGAGGACGACAAGAGCGAUUUCAUCACCUUUGGGAAGAAAGAGGAGGCCAAGAAGAAAAAGAAGAAGAAGAAGGAGAAGAAGGACAAGAAGGAUAAGGGAAAGGAUGAUGGAGAUGAGUAGAGGACCAGCAAGAAAAAGAGCAAAGAAGAAAAGGGUGUUGUUAAAACAGAGGUACCAACCAAAGUCCACUGGGCAAAAAGAAAAUGUAAAAACUAUUCUCGAUUUUCCAGUUUUACUUUAUUACCUUUUAUCACGGAUAAGAAUUUAAAGCUCUUUCUGUUAUGAACCUGGCCUUACCAAGAUUUAUUUUACCUUUAGUUCUUCACUGAGGUAAAUUACAUAUCUUGCCUUGAUACAAUAAUGAUAUAAUACACAAAAAUAUGAUUGAUUUUUGUCCAUGCCCUUAUGUGCCUAUAAACCCUGAUUCAAUCCAUGCGAUCCCUCCAAUUAAGGAAGGACCACUUGUUUUCUCCUUUAAUCCACUGGACAUGUUGGCACCUCUGUCUUACCCCCUCCCCAACUACAAUGUGUAAACCAUUCUCUCUUAGAGGAGACAAAUACUUUGUAUAAGAUCAACAAAAAGCUGCGCCAGCCAAGGAAAAGAAGAAAGGCAAAGAAGACUGAGACACAUGUAUGCAGUCUGGAGCUGGACACACUACUUGUAAAUAGCACAGACGAGAGUCACUGAAACUAAGGCUAACAUGACACUGCUGCAGAUUCCUCUGGUAAUUACCAAUCGUGUUUCCUGAGAUCUCAAAGAAACCACAUGCACACACGCAUGCUCACACAUUCAAACGUGCAAACACAAGCGUACUUACCAUGACAGGGUGGACACAGAAAACACUUGAGACCUAGAAAAAGAAAUAGAAAAUGAGAGAAAAUCAACUGGCAUAAAAGAAAUGUGCUUAAAACUAGACACUGCAAGCUUUUUGCCCUGCACAGUCACCUCUGAGGUGCACAUCAACUCUCUCAGGAUGAAAGCAGCAUCCUUUGCUAUCUUGUUUGCUCACUGCAUUGAAAGGACACAAAGACCUUCAUUUCCUGCAAGAACCCCAACUGAGAAAUGCAGAGAGCACCAGAAAGUUGGAGAGAUGGAAGAUACCUCACAUUCUCCUGAGGAUCACAGAGGGGAAAGUCCAGCUGAGCUGGCUUGUGACUCCAUGUUCAGUCAGUGGACUCUGAUGAAACCUUACAGAAUACUAGGAGAGAUUUUGACAACACCUUCUCUUCUCCCCUUGCUGCAGAAAAAGCCUACUGCUUUCUGUUUUGAAUGUUUGGUAGCAACCAAUCCUUACCUAAUACCUUGAGUUUACACAUACUCAACUGCUUGUACUUGCCCCAAGCUGCCACGAGCCGUCCUCUCCUUCCCAAACCGCCUCCCCCCUACACUGUCUCACCCCUCCCACUGCCUGCCUCUUUAUGUGACAAUGAGGUUUGUGGAAUUAUUGUUUUUUUUUUCUCUUAAGAGAUUCAUUUUUACAUACUCUGGCUUUUUUUUUUCAUUUCUUUCUUUCUCAUAGCUUUAAUUGCUUUUUGCGUGACAUUCCCCUUCACCCUCAGACGCUGACCCUAACCCCCGCUCCAACCCCCACGACUCAGGAUCAGUCCUGGGAAUGGCCUACUCUGAACAUUGUGGUGUGCUGACAACAGCAUGGAGAAAUGUGGAUGAGGCCUGGGGAAGACCAGUCGGGGGUCUGUGCUCUGAACUCUUGUCAAUGUUUCUCAAGUGCAAAACGGUUCAGUGCUUUUAACUUGUGAAUACAGCCGUAUGUGGUUCAUUUCCUGUUUGUAGCCACAGUGAGCGGGGACCAGGUGGGAUGAGGCUGAUCACAGGCACUGUGGAGCGCUGGGAUAAAACGAGGAGACGUGCCGUGGGUUGGCCCUACCGCUCCACCUGCAAGAAAAGAAAAGUCCUCCAACUUGAUUGUUUAGCAUCGUUGAGUCGCAUAUUAGCUUUUGUGUACGCUGUAAAUGUAGCGUAGACUUUUCAUAGAUUGUCUCGACAUUAGUAAUUGAAAAAAUAUAUGGGCAUCUAGGGAUUCCCAUCCCAGAGCCACAUCCCACCAAUCCUCUCUCAGGAGGUUUUGAAAACGGGGCACACAUGCCUCAAGGCCUGCUUCUGUUGGUUCUCCUCCCCUGCCUGUAUCUUGUUGCCACGUCCCCAGAGUUUUCUGGCUCAGUAUGACGUCACUCCAUUAAGUGGCUGCUGCAUGUACUGCUCUAAGGAAACACAUACUAUAUAGAGAAAUAUAUAUAUAAAUAGAUAGAUGGCUAUGAUUUUAUUCUUUUGUAUUAUCAUUUUUCUUCAUUACUCACACAGGAGAUAUUUGUAUGUACUUCUGUCUCUGCAAAACAUCUAUGUACUGCAAUCUUCAUGCUCCACAGAUGUUGUACGGCAUCCACUAAACCUCUUUAGAUAUUUGUAAAUGCUACAGUGUGAUACCUUUCAACGCAAGUUUAUUAUUUUUUUCUUUUACCAAAGCAAGAUAAAAAAAAAAAAAAAAAAAAAAAUCACUCUGUGUCUGGCUUUGACAUGACGAUCUAACUAACACUGUAUUAUUGUAACUGAAAUAUGUAUGAUCCUAUGAUGACCUAUCACUUCCCUUUCACUCUUGGAAAAAAAAGGAAAAUGACAGAAAAAAAAAAUCCAAUGUAAAAAAGGGUAUAUGUAGUGUAUGCUUGUGUUUAGUGGGCGUUCAUGCUGUCAUUCUUUCCCGAUGUAUGGUGGUGAAAUAUGGUGGCAAUGUGCUGUCCUAAAAUGGAUAAGCCGAGAUCAGUUGUAAAACUCCUUUUUUUGUACACCCUCUCAUCAACUGUGACAGUGACGUAGUGAAUUUCAUUUAUUUCAUUUCUUUUCAGACUUUUUAUUUUACCUAGAUGGAUACAGUGGUAAUGUGUUUGGUUUAUAAAUCACUAAUAAAGUUUUCUUUCUUAAAAAUA